AAAGAAUUCGUGAAGGAACCAGAUUAUUAAUUAAUAACUUCUUGUCAUAUCCACACUUAAAAAUUUUUUAUUUGUAAAAUGAGACCAGUUUUUAAUCAGUGCUGUUGCUGCUUCUCAUUGGAAACCGGAGGACAAAUAAUUGGAUGGUUUUAUGCAGUUGCUGGUGUUUUGUCAACCAUUGGAUGCAUUGGAUUGGCUUAUGUUUUUGGAGGAAAUGAGGAUCCUCAACUUGAUGACGCCAGAACAGUUUUAGUCACAAUAUUUGUCAUAUUGGCAUGCUUCGCUUUUAUCAAUAUUAUUGCGGGAAUUCUGCUUAUCGUUGGAGUUCGUCAAAGAAAGCACAACAAAAUGAUCUUUAUGUUGCUCCUGAUGAUCCUUGGAAUUAUUUCGUCAUUUAUGAACUUUAUUUAUUCUGCAACAGCUACAGAUAUUGUAUCAGUAAUAAUUGGAGUAUUUAUUCAAAUUUACUUCUUCGUUUGUGUAUUGAGCUUGUACAAUAAAGUUAAGGAGGAAAAUAGAAUCACCCCAAAAGAACACCAACCUGCUUAAAGGAAUGUAAUGAAUCAAAUUAUACCUUCUUUUUAUUAUAUCCCAUUUGUAACCUUUAAUAAAGAUGCAAUUGUUUUCAAUUAUUUGUCAUGCUUAAAAAAUACUUUUUAAAGAUUAAUAUAAAUAAUUAUGCUUG